AUGUUGUCCAACGGUAGUCUUAGUCCUGCUCCUGAGCUGUUCGAUCUAUAUGGUCUCAUUCUGCAAUUUUUGGUACCUUCGGAGACCACAGUGUUUUACUUUAACCCCACUGGAGCCAAUUGCAGUUGGGAAAUACUAGAGAGGACUAGUCUAUCUCACCAACCUCAGAUGUUUUGGAAGAAGGAAGAAAGUUAUCCACAAUUGUAUAAUCGACAAGGUAGAAACCUCUUUGUGAUAGCUUGUUUAUCAACGGACCAUUUUGAGCGGCAGAUUGGACUCUUGGCCACGAGUUUGACUCGAUUAAGGUCGGUUAGAAUCCUCAUAGAGAUGCAGGAUAAGGAAAGCGCCUUCUUGGCCUCCCAAAUCCUGUUGCUUUGCCAGCAAAACAGUAUGCUUAAUGUAGUGCUGUUUUUCCAGCGAUGGACUCGCCCCUUUGCCAUCUUUAGUUACCUGGCUUUUCCAUAUUUCAAACUCGUCAAGCACCGUUUUUCAGAAAUAUCUACUGCAAGUAUUUAUACCAAUAAACUGGCGGACCUAAAAGGUUACCAACUGCGCGUACAGCCCGACUUAUCACCUCCGAAUUCCUUUGAUUAUCGAGAUCGGAAAGGUCAAUAUCGAAUGGGUGGAUAUAUGUGGAAUAUUAUAGAGAAUUUCGCUGCCAGUAUGGGAGCAAGCGUCCAGAUUUUGUAUCCGUCGUGGGAAAGAGCCAAGAUUUCUGCAGCGGAAGUUAUGCUGCAGUUUACAAGGAACGGCAGUUCGGAUAUUGGCCUGACCACGACCAUGAUUAGGUUCAAGCACAAGGAAAGGCAACGCGACUAUAGCUACCCUCUGUUGUACUCUAGCUGGUGCACCAUGCUGCCCAUGGAGAAACCUCUGAGUGUUAACAUCUUAUUCAGGCAUGUUUUGAGCCCUAAAACAGCGAUAUUUCUACUUUUGGCCAGUCUGUUGUGCUUACUGGUAUUUCCAAAGCUGCUUCAAUUUUUUGGUUUUACGAUGCGAAGCCGAUUAAUGCGCUUUUCAUUAAGGAUUUUUACCCUGUUGAUGCUCUGCGCCAGCUCUGCCCAACUGCUAUCCCUGCUGAUAUCACCUCGGCUUCACAAACGAAUCGAAAGUUUUGACGACCUCUUGGCCUCGGAUUUGAAAAUCUUCGGAUUGCGUAACGAGUUUUAUUUUAUGAAUGGAGAAUUUCGAGCAAAGUAUGCGGCUGCUUUCCACCUGACGGAAGACCCCAAUGAACUAUAUGACAAUAGGAACUACUUUAAUACAAGUUGGGCCUACACCAUUACCAGUAUCAAGUGGAUAGUGAUCGAUGCCCAGCAGCGGCACUUUGCUCAUCCUGUUUUCCGCUUCUCGGACACCAUGUGCCUUGAUUUGCCGUCGCCCAUCGGAUUGCUAAUAGCUCCGGAGUCAAUCUACCGGGAUCACCUCCGAGAGUACAUACUGCAGGUGAGCCAGGCUGGAUUAAUAAGUAGGUGGAUGUCCUACAGCUUUUAUGAAAUGGUCACAGCUGGUCGCAUGACCAUCAAGGACUACAGUCUUAUAAAUGUGAUACACUCCCUGCGGAUAAAGGACCUUCAAUUAUGUUGGCUGAUCUUCUCAGUGGGUCUGGGCACUUCAUCCCUCGUAUUCACCAUUGAAUUGCUUCUGUUCUACACCAACGUAUUUCUCAAUAGUUUGUAG